ACAACGGCACUACUGGAUUCUGGAGCAUUCUCCUGCUAUAUCGACCAAAGAUUUGCGGAGAAGUAUGGGUUUAAGAUGAUACCUCUAAACCAAGAAAUCCGAAUCCUGAACGCAGACGCUAGCCCCAACAAGGGUGGCGCGAUUACUCAUCGUGUAGUCACAAGCAUCUUAAUCGGGAAGCACCGAUCAACCGAGAAACACAAUCCCCGAGUUGACUGGGAACAUAGAGAGGUUACGUUCUCAAGAUGC